CGAGCCCACGAGCCCCGCAGGCGGUGGCUGCUGCCGACUGACAUGCCCCGGACGCGGCUGCGGCCGGCGGGCAGCCCGCGGGGGCGAUGAGCCGCUGCGGCCGCUGAGCAGCCGGGCGGCGGGGCGUCGCGCACCUUCUUCUCCCCCCUCACUUGGCCGCUCCGCUCGGGAGACCGGGAGGAAACGGUCUCUGGCCUGUCAGGAGGACCCUUGGCGCUGCAGUGGAAGCCAGCGGCUAAAUCUCGUGUAUGGCGUGGUUAAGGUUGCAGCCUCUCACCUCCGCCUUCCUCCAUUUUGGGCUGAUUACUUUUGUGCUCUUCCUGAAUGGUCUUCGGGCAGAGGCUGGUGGCUCAGGGGAGGUGCCCAGCACAGGGCAGAACAAUGAGUCCUGUUCCGAGUCCUCGGACUGCAAGGAGGGUGUCAUCCUGCCAAUCUGGUAUCCGGAGAACCCUUCCCUUGGGGACAAGAUUGCCAGGGUCAUCGUCUACUUUGUGGCCCUGAUAUACAUGUUCCUUGGGGUGUCCAUCAUUGCCGACCGCUUUAUGGCGUCUAUCGAAGUCAUCACUUCUCAAGAGAGAGAGGUGACUAUCGAAAAGCCCAAUGGAGAGACCAGCACCACGACGAUUCGGAUCUGGAAUGAAACGGUCUCCAACCUGACCCUGAUGGCCUUGGGUUCCUCUGCUCCUGAGAUCCUUCUCUCUUUAAUUGAGGUGUGUGGCCAUGGGUUCAUUGCUGGCGAUCUGGGACCUUCUACCAUCGUGGGCAGUGCAGCCUUUAACAUGUUCAUCAUCAUUGGCAUCUGCGUCUACGUGAUCCCCGAUGGAGAGACUCGCAAGAUCAAGCACCUGCGAGUCUUCCUCAUCACUGCUGCUUGGAGCAUCUUCGCCUACAUCUGGCUCUAUAUGAUCCUGGCAGUCUUCUCCCCUGGUGUGGUUCAGGUUUGGGAAGGCCUCCUCACUCUCUCCUUCUUCCCCGUGUGUGUCCUUCUGGCCUGGGUGGCAGAUAGGAGACUGCUCUUCUACAAAUACAUGCACAAAAAGUAUCGCACAGACAAACACCGAGCAAUUAUCAUAGAGACAGAGGGUGACCACCCCAAGGGCAUUGAGAUGGACGGAAAAAUGAUGAAUUCCCACUUCCUGGACGGGAACCUGGUGCCCGUGGAAGGGAAGGAAGUAGAUGAGUCCCGCAGGGAGAUGAUCCGGAUUCUCAAGGAUCUGAAGCAGAAACACCCAGAGAAGGACUUAGAUCAGCUGGUAGAGAUGGCCAAUUACUAUGCUCUUUCCCAUCAACAGAAGAGUCGUGCCUUCUACCGGAUCCAAGCUACCCGUAUGAUGACCGGCGCAGGCAAUGUCCUGAAGAAGCAUGCGGCAGAACAAGCCAAGAAGGCCUCCAGCAUCAAUGAGGUGCACACCAAUGAGCCUGAGGACUUUGUCUCGAAGGUCUUCUUUGACCCGUGCUCUUACCAGUGCCUGGAGAACUGCGGGGCCGUCCUCCUGACGGUGGUGAGGAAAGGCGGGGACAUGUCCAAGACCGUGUACGUGGACUACAAAACAGAGGAUGGUUCUGCCAAUGCCGGGGCGGACUAUGAGUUCACAGAGGGCACUGUGGUUCUGAAGCCAGGAGAGACCCAGAAGGAGUUCUCGGUGGGCAUCAUCGACGAUGACAUCUUUGAGGAGGAUGAACACUUUUUUGUGAGGUUGAGCAACGUCCGCAUAGAGGAGGAGCAGCUGGAGGAGGCGAUCACUCCGAUAGUCCUCAAUAAUAUUCCAUUGCCCCGGGCCAUCCUGGUAUCCCCUUAUGUGGCCACAGUCACCAUCUUGGAUGAUGACCAUGCAGGCAUCUUCACGUUUGAAUGUGACACUAUUCAUGUCAGCGAGAGUAUCGGUGUCCUGGAGGUCAAGGUUCUGCGGACAUCAGGUGCCCGGGGCACGGUAAUCGUCCCCUUUAGGACAGUAGAGGGGACAGCCAAGGGUGGUGGUGAGGAUUUUGAAGACUCGUACGGGGAGCUGGAGUUCAAGAAUGAUGAAACAGUGUAA